AUGACAUUUCUUACGGCAGAAAGACUACUCAGGCUAGCUUACCACUACCCCAGACUACAAAACACAUGGUUUCUAGUUGCAACAGCAGCUUUGCUUGAACUAAACCUAAUUGAAGAAUUGCCAGUGGUUUUACAUUUUGCACUUCGGCAACAAUUGUUUGAGUUUUUCAGCGACGAAGACAAAGUCGUCAACAAUGAUUACAUGAUCAAGCUAGCUAAAGAUUCAAUUAGUUCAAGCCAACAAUGUAUCAAACUCAAUUCCAUGGGUGUCAGAGUACCAGACAUUUUGAUCCCUGGAACAUAUUACAAACUUAUUCCUUUGAAUUACAAAUAUACAUGUGGUGAAGAUAUCAAGCGGAAACAACAUCUCAUUGUUAAACAAAUGCGUGAGGUUAUGUUGAAACUAAGUGCGUUUAGUGGACUUCCAAAAGCAAUUAAUGGAUUGUCGACUCUAAAAGCUGCAACUCCAGCACUGUUUGCGCAAGAGUUUAGUUUUAGACCCUAUGAAGUGAAGAUCAAACAAAAUGAUUCCGAUGGAGUGAACACUAUUGACGGGCCAAUAUCUACCAAAUCAGUUGAUACAACAAUAUUAAAGUCCAAUCUACUUCGAGGUUCGACAAUUUGGAACACAGUCUUUUCUAAUGACAUAAACAAGAGAAUCAAAAAUCAAAUGAUUGACGCAUACCCAGAUUUGUGGUAUUUUACAUACCAACAUAUUUAUUCACCAUUGUUGAGUUACACAGAUAUAUUGACAGCAAAGAAAACGUCAUUGGUUAUAGUUGCGUGUUUGAUUGUGCAAGAUGUUGAACCUCAAUUAAAGGGCCAUUUGAAGGGUGCAUUGAACAAUGGUGCAACAAAGGAGGAGAUUUCAAGCACGCAAGAACUCGUGCUGGAGCUCCGUCUGUGGAGGGAGGUGAGCAAUGUACAAGAAAAUGUUGCUAAACUUUGA